CCUGGGGUUGGGCAGAGUUUAGUUUCGUGCAACUUUCAAGUGAGUUGCAAACUCCGCCCCGGAGGCCGGUGCCGGAGGCCAAACGCACCGGGACGGUGAGGACCCGCACCAGCGGAGGCCGCGGCUCGCUACCCCCGGCCCGGGACCAGCAGCCGCGCUGCCCCGAGGGCCGAACGUCUGCUUCCCGGCGGCAGGAAGUGCCCGUCGGCGCCGUAACUGCCCGAGAGCCCGGCGGAGGAGCGCGCCCACCCGCACCCCGCUCCCAAAUCGGCUUCCUUCCUGCCCGGGCCUCCUCAACCUGUCUGCUGCUCUCCUCGUUCCUCAAGUUCCCUGCGCUGCGGCGUUAGUGGGCGGCGGAGCCGAGAGCUCAGACUACGGGCUCCGCCCUCGCCACCGAACAGCCCGGACGCCCCUCUGGUUCCCUCCCUCCGCUGACCACCCCAGCCCAGCCCCCCCGCGUGAGCGUCCCCCUGGGCGUCUUCUUGGGGGUCUCCCCCACUCCCCUGAGGCUAGCAGGAUGGUGUCCUGGAUAAUCUGUCGCCUGGUGGUGUGAGUAUGGUCCCUCCCAGAACUCCCCUACCCCCGGUGCCAGCCCUGUCCCUGGGAUGGAAGCCCAGAACAUCUGAUGGGACAGGGGACUUUUGGAUCUCCAUCACACCUGUCCCGCCUAACACUCACCGCAAGGGUUAACGGACCUGCAGGCUGUACCUGGCGUCUCUGGUACCACGUGCUUGCCCCCCCCCCACCAAGUCACCUUGGCUGAUGGCGACCCCUCCCACAGCCCCUUGGCAAACACACGGUGUUGUGGCACGUUGUGGGUGAAGAACCCAGGUGUCAGCUGCUCAUCGAAGCAGUCACAUGACUCACCACCCUGGCCUCAGCCUCUCUACCCUGUCCUACUGGUCACCUGGCUGGAACAUCCCUGACUGCAGCCUCACAGUGCCACAUCUGGUGGCCCUGGGCCUGAUUGCAUGCCCAUGGGAGGGGGCAGCCUGGUGCUCUCACCAGUCCAGGAUCCUGCUUCCCACCCACUUCAUUGAAUGGCUGUGCACUCACUCCAUCCUGCACUCAUGGGCCACCGGCACAGGCCUGGACAGGCUUGCGAUGUUUGUAAACAGCAGGGUGGGGAGAUAGUCCCCAGGGCACUGACUCAGGCACAGGUUGUGCAAGCCAAGCAGGUAAAACAGGGCAGGCACUGCUACCUUGUACCCCAGGUAGCAGGGGGAAGCAGCCACCUGGCAGGAUGGGAGUGGAGCACAGUACCCCUUACACACUUCCUCUCCUUUCCGGGAUGCUCUUCCAGGCUGGCGUUUGGGAUGCUGUAUCCAGCUUAUGCGUCUUACAAGGCUGUGAAGACCAAGAACAUUCGUGAAUAUGUCCGGUGGAUGAUGUACUGGAUUGUCUUUGCGCUCUUCCUGUCGCUGGAAACCUUCACAGACAUCUUUAUCUCCUGGUUCCCUUUCUACUAUGAGAUCAAGAUGGCCUUUGUGCUGUGGCUGCUCUCACCCUAUACCAAGGGAGCCAGCCUGCUUUACCGCAAGUUUGUGCAUCCAUCCCUGUCCCGCCAUGAGAAGGAGAUCGACACGUACAUUGUGCAGGCCAAAGAGCGCAGCUACGAGACGGUGCUCAGCUUUGGGAAGCGGGGCCUCAACAUGGCCGCCUCGGCCGCUGUGCAGGCUGCCACCAAGAGUCAGGGUGCACUGGCCGGCAGGCUGCGGAGCUUCUCCAUGCAGGACCUGCGCGCCAUCCCCGACACCUCUGCCACCACCUAUCAGGACCCCCUCUACCUGGAGGACCAGGUGCCCCAGCGGAGGCCACCCAUCGGGUACCGGGCAGGGGGCCUGCAAGACAGUGACACAGAGGAUGAGUGUUGGUCAGAUACUGAGGUGGCCCCCCAGCCACCAGCCCGGCCCCGAGAGAAGCCUCUGAGCCGCAGCCAGAGCCUGCGUGUCGCCAAGAGGAAGCCACUGGUGCGGGAGGGCACCUCACGCUCCCUGAAGGUCCGGGCGAGGAAGAAGGUCGUGCCCUCGGACAUGGACAGCUAGACUCCGCAGACUCUGGCCCAGCCUUACCUUGUGCCCUGCAGGGGACCAGGGGCCGUUUUGAGGGAACCUUUAGCUGUGCGUCUGGCCUGCCUGCCUCAGUGCCUGGCUCUGCCCCUCCCGGCCCCUGCUGCUGGUUAA